AUGAGCUUUCUAUUUGUUCUUUUUACAUCUUCCUUAGCAACAGAAGUUGAUUAUGAUGACGUAUGCGAUAUCAAGUGCUUCAUUAAGUCUUUAACUAUUCCGCUUGGAAAUGUAACACUUAUUGGAAAUUAUUGGAUAGAAAAUUUAGUUCUUUACUCAAUUUCAUUUAAUAAUCUCGAAUUUAACUAUGACCAAUUAAGCACGCUUAUUGAUAAUACAUUCGAAGUCAAAGUUUACAUUGAUGCAAUUGCAAGUGGAAUCUUCCACGAUGGCGCAACAUCGGGUCCAAUGACAGCAAUCGCUACUGGUCUUAGAUUGACUCUUACACUUAGAUUGGACAAAGAUGCAGACGGUUUUGUUACAAAUAUUGAGAUAUUUGAUCAUCCGGCUUGCGAUAUACAUAUAGAUGACCUUGAUCUUCAAUCAAGUCAAGCUUCAAUUGUUAUUUUAAAGCCAACAAUUGAAGGAUUAAGAAAUUCCUUCAGCCCAAUGAUUUGCCCAGAGCUUGUGAAGCUUGAGCCCAACCUAACAGAGCUCAUUAAGCCAUUCAACAACGUUACACGCAAUAAUAUCAAUGGUUCCAUUCCAUUUGAUAUCCCUGUUGGUCAGAACAUGAUCAGUCUAGCCAAGAACGUCAUAUUCCGAGCUCUUAACUUCGUUACCGGUACCCUCAUUGAAAACAACGGUCCAUUUGAUCUCAAUAAAUUAUUAGGCCGUGUUACUAACAAUACAGGACGUAUUACGUUAUCAGAUGUAUUCAGAAUAGCCGAUGGAUUCAAAAGCCUGUUCAAUUUCAGCUCAGUUUUUGAAAUCCCAAUUCCAGCUGCGAAUACAACGCUAAAUCUUACAUUAGAUGACUUCUACAUUGAAGGAUUAGACACAUUCCAUGACCUUAGCCUCUUAAAAGUCGUCGACGAUUAUGAAUUAUCUACGAAUAUUCCGUUGAAACACUUUGGAAUCGGAAUCAAGCUCGGAUUACUAGCCAUUGAUAAUGAGACACAUAAGUACAUGAUCGGACAGAAGUUAGAAGGUGGUGUUGCCAUAGAUGACAAUAAAAUUGGAUUCAUUGCACAGUUAGCUUUACCAAAAGGAAGGGGAGAUAACUACACGAAUGCACAGUGUCUUGAUAUCGACUGUAUUGGCGCUCUUUUCGAUCCUAAUGGAGCAGCAAUCACCAAUUUCAAUUUGUCAACAACUUUGGCAUAUGCAAGUUUCAAUCUUACGACCGGCCAAUUAAAGGACAACCUCAAUAUUGCACUCAACAAUUUAUUGAACUUCAUUUCCAUGCAUUUCGGCAAAUUCACGGGACCUUUCCUUACAGGAAUGAUUCAUGAUUAUUUGACACCGAUGUUGAAUAAUUUGAUAAGUAACGAAAUUGCUGGUGUUGAAUGCAAUUACACAGCUGAUGGCGAAUACAAAGAAAUUGAAGUUUCAUCGACAUUGAUUGCAUUAAUUGUUUUUGGAGGAUCAGGAGCAUGUUUCUGUUUAUUUGUAAUUAUUUUCGCUCCAAGAUUGAAAUGCUCGAAGAGAUUCUUCAGAAGAGAUGAACAAGCAAGUCUUUUAAUGACAAAGAAACUUCCUACAUGGUUUAGAUUACUUAUUCCUAUGUUAUUACUUCUUGUUUUUGCUUUGUUUAUUUCAUCAAAUACUGGUAUUGGUGCCAGUGUUUUUGCGAAAAUCUUUUUAGGUAUUGAUGGAAAACAUGUUGAACUUCCUUCUAUGUUUGAUUUCGGUUUGAUUAACUCUAUCUUAGAUAUGUGGCACUCAGGUGCUAUUGUAUUAGCUGUUUUGAUUGCAAUUAUGUCUUGUGCAUGGCCAUAUACAAAAAUUGUUUUCAUGUUUAUUGUUUGGAUUAUGCCUGCAUCAAAAAUAAAACUGCAUCAAAGACAGAAAGCGUUAGAAGUAUUGGAUCUUCUCGGUAAAUGGUCAUUGGUCGAUUCUUAUGUCAUGAUUCUCAUGUUGAUUGCUUUCAGAAUGAAAAUUAAUUUGCCACCAGUUGAUGAAACUGAUAUCUUACAAAUUAACUUGUUCGUUUAUCCUGCAUGGGGUUUCGUAACUUUAGUUGUUGGUACAAUUCUUUCUUUAGGUUGUUCUCAAACAAUUUUAGCUGCAGAGAGAUAUGUUGAUAAACAGGCAUUGAUUGAUCAUGGUGUACAAGCUUUAAUAGAUGCUGAUGAAAAGAAAAGGAAAGAAGAAGAAGAAUUAAUGAGUGAUUAUUCGUAUUCUGUAACGUAUUCUUACUCCGACGGUUUGCCAUCUCAAAAUCCAAAUAAGAGAAAAAGUGACAAACAUGGUGAAGGCGUUAAUGACUCAGAUUCGAUGGAAGAAUUAGAUGACAAGGAAAAGAGGAACCAAGAAAGAGCAAGAAAACUCCAAAAUGAUGUAGAAAGACAACAAAAACCUCCUGAACCAGAACCAGAACCAGCAAAUGAUGACAUAAAUCAGCCUUUGAAUCCAAAUGGAAACGAAAAGAAGAAGAAAUAUAGAUUCAAAGAGGAUAAAUACGUUGUAAUGUAUUUAUACGCUGAAGGAUUUAUUCUCAAGAACUUACUUUCGAUUUGUGUUUUGUUGGCAAUUAUUUUCGUUUUGUUUGGUUCUUAUUUGAAGACAUUUUCUUUCGAAUUUGUUGGUUUGGCUGGUUGGGCAUUGAGACUUGUUAAAGCACAACAAUACAGAGAAUACUCUGUCAUUGAUUUGGCUCUUCAACUGCCUGAAGCCGCUGAACACAAGAAUUCUUUCGGUAUCAGAUUUACUCAGGCAAUUUAUAUUUUAGUUACAAAUAUUAUGCCUUUAGUUCAUUUGCUUGGCUUGUCAAUUCUUUGGUUUGUUCCUUUGAAGAUAGAGGGAAUACACAUAUUAGAAAAGGCAUGCGAAUACAUGUAUUCAUGGGCUUGUUUGGAUGUGUUCGUUAUCUCUAUUGUUGCAGCUGUUAUGGAAAUUUCUCAACUCGCAAAGUUCAUGGUUGGUGAUAAAUGUGUUGUUGUUGAUGUCAUAACUCAACAGUACUUCGCAAAUGAAGAUUUAAUUAGAGAUCACUUGACUUGUUUCGAUGUUAUUACUACUUUGUUGAAAGGUUCUUAUUUGGUUAUUUUGGCUGCUGUUUUCCAUACAAUUGCAACAUUUGGAGUUAACAAAUACUGCAAGAAGAUUAAUGUUGAUUUGUCUGAAUUGGAAAGAAAGAGAAGAGAAGAAAAAGGUCUGACACCACUCCUUAAUGACAAAGAAAAGUAA